AUGCCCCCCCCCCCCAUUAUCCAAGACAGACUUUUUUCACAUUUUAUUUUUCAGAAAUACUUUCUACUUCUUACAAAUAUUCUUCAUGUCCUGCACGUUCCCGGAGCUUCCACAGAAACCAUAUUCUAUGUCCAGGAGGAGCAAGAAGAAGACACAUUGAUUGGAAGCAUCCAGAACAUUCUGCUGCCGCCCGUGUCCCUGCAGUACAAGCUCCUCACACACACAAACUAUUUCCACCUUGAUGACCAAAGUGGGAAUCUGUACACGACAGUAGAGAAGCUGGAUCGGGAAGCCUUGUGCCCCCUGGAUACCAUGAACCAAUGCUCUAUGACCUUGGACGUCUUCAUUUCAUCUCAAGAACAUUCAGAAUUUACCAAAGUGAAGCUUUUUAUCCUGGACAUUAAUGACCAUCCGCCCCAGUUCUCAGAGCCGACAUACACGAUCUCCAUUCCAGAGGACACAACUAUCGGAACCAAAUUUGUUAUUGACCACUUAGCCAAAGACUUGGAUGUGGAGCACAAUGCAGAGCUGUCAUACCGACUCCUCUGCCCGGAUAAUGUCUUCUCUCUAGAAGAACACACAGAGUUUUUGGUGUUAGUUGUUCUCCGUCCUCUGGACCGUGAAUCUCAAAGUGAACAUAGGAUGAGUCUAAUCUCCUAUGAUAAUGGAUUCCCACAAUUGUCCGGCAGCGCUGAACUGGUUGUAAAGAUUUUGGACAUCAAUGAUAAUUGUCCGGUGUUCACCGUAAGCAACAUCUCUGUAAAUCUUCCCAGGAACACAUCGGUGGGUGACCAAGUACUACAAGUACAAGCAGUAGAUGCAGAUGAUGGCGAGAACAAGGUGAUCGAGUAUUUUUACAGCGCCCGAGUUCCAGAAUCAAUCAAAAAACUUUUUAAUCUAGAUAGUUCAUCUGGGUCAAUGACCCUAGCGGCACCGUUACCGGAGCAGGUGACCCAGUAUAAGCUGUCCGUGUUGGCCGGUGGACAUGGUUGCUUCCCAGCAGUGGCUUCAGUCACUAUCAAUCAAGAAAAAAUUAGAAAGACGCCUAAGAUGGAAGUUCGCUUCAUAGCCUCCCAAAAGGAAGGUGGCAUCUCCAUCCAGGAAGAUGUCCUACCAGGGACAAUCAUCGCCAUCCUGCAUGUCACAGACCCAGAUGGUGACAUUAGUCGUCCUUUCUUCAUAAACGAAUCUUCUCCUUUCAUCCUAAGACCCUCUGAUUCUUCUCCAGACACUUUCCUCCUAUUGACAUCCAGUCCAUUGGAUUUUGAGUUAAAACAACAAUAUGACAUCACGAUAACUGGAAUUUCGACCAAUGACAAAUCACUGACGUAUAAGGAAACUAUCAGGAUAACGAUCGAAGACGUAAACGAUAAUAGCCCCAAGUUCUCAAACCACUUUGAGGAAAUAUUCAUUGAAGAAAACAAUGUUCCCGGUGACAUCCUACUGAACCUGUCGGCUUCUGAUGAUGAUAGCGGCUCCAAUGGACUUGUCCGUUACUUCUUGCACAGCGGUGACCCCGGAGUGUUCUCCAUUGACAGCUCCAGCGGGAUCCUUACAACAUCCAAAUCUUUGGACAGAGAAAAGAAAGCGUCCUAUACCGUACAAGUCACAGCCAUGGACCAAGGUUCCCCAUCCAGAAACUCUUCUUGUGCUGUAGUUAUCUGGGUCCUAGACCAAAAUGACAACCCACCAACCUUUGCUUCGAAUGAGUUCACAUUCUACGUCCCUGAAGAUCUUCCUCAUGGAGGAGAGGUCGGCUUUAUUAAUGUGACGGACAUGGACUCUGGGCUGAAUGGAGACUUCUCCGUGCACCUUCUAAAUAUCACUUCAUUGUUUUCUAUUGGUGAAGACCGAAUCCUCAGGUCUGGAGGUUCCUUUGAUUAUGAAAAAGUCUUAAUGUAUGAAGUUUGGGUGGAAGCAAGAGACGGAGGAAGUCCAGCACUGACCUCACAAGUCAAGGUUCUAGUCUUCAUCCUGGAUGUGAACGAUAACGCUCCUCUGAUAGUUCUUCCAGAGUCAAACUAUUCCUACGUUUUGGUUACACCGGACACUUCUCAGGGUUCAUCUGUGGCCAAGGUCCAAGCAGUUGACUACGAUGCAGGAUUGAAUGGAGCGAUAACAUAUACAGAGUACGAUGAGAUUGGCCCUUCUGCCAGUCUCUUCAGGGUUGAUGCCCACACGGGUGACAUCAUAUUAAAGUACAGUACUAGUAGUCCUCAUUGUGGACUGUAUCAGCUCUUAGUGAAGGCCAGUGACCAGGGCUAUCCUCACGCACUCUCCACUGCAGUGUGGGUCAACAUCCUUCUGAACCAAAGCAUAAGCAACAGGAGCUACGUGGAGUCAUUAAUCAUGAGGAGUCUGACCCAGGAGAACCCGGUGAUCACUCUGGGGCCCUGCCCGAAAUACCAGCCGGCCGCGGCCCCAUUCGCCUUGUCCCUGACGGCCCCGGUGGCCCUGGCUGUGGUGUCGGUCUCUGUCAUCUUCUGCAUGGCCGGGACCUUCCUAUUUCUUUGUUCCAGGAGAAGACGAAGCUCGAAAAAGAAAAAGGAGAAACCGAGUGUGGACGUACAGAUCCCUCUGCAGCUGAAUGACGAUUACUGCGCCAAAGACUGGGACGAAGUGAAAUACUGUGACCCCCCUGAACGUCCGUCACCACGGAAGGUCCCUCAGGGAGAAGACUGCUGAAUACUCCCCAUGGCAUGUGAAGUGGAUUUGUUGUAUAAAUCUCUGUUUAUGUCCUAUAUUAGGGUAAGAUGGACGUCUCCAGGAUCGGGAGAGGGUGAGAAGGUCCUGGACUUGGACCUCAGGGGAAACUGUCCCAUCACUCGCUGAACUGAGGGACUCAAAGCGUCCUCGAGAUGUACGAGAAUAUGACUGAAUUAUAUAUAUUAUAUAGUAGUUCUUACGUAUUUGUUAUUGCGCAUUCAUUUCAUCCAAUGGUUGCCAGGGCGGGAUCUUCAUAGCAACCAUCACUUCCAUUCUGAAGUGGCCUCCUAUGAAAGGACUUUCAUGACCUUGUCCACUGGCCACACACUCUAGACCAGUGUUUUCCAAUCAGUGUGCCUCCAGCUGUUGCAAAACUACAACUCCCAACAUGCCCUGACAUCUAAAGACCAGUGUUUGCUCAACCAGUGUGCCUACAGCUGUUGCAAAACUACAACUCCCAGCAUGCCCUGACAGCCAAAGACCAGUGUUUGCCCUACCGGUGAGCCUCCAUCUGUUGCAAAACUACAACUCCCAGCAUUCCCUAACAGAUAAAGAUCAGUGUUUGCCCAACGGGUGUGCCUCCAGCUGUUUCAAAACUACAACUCCCAGCAUGCUCUGACAACCAAAGAC